UUAUCUGAGUGGUGUAAUAAUAUGUUAAUUCCGAUUAACAACAUGGUAUAAAAUAGAAAAAUGUUGUUUAAGUUGUGUGAGUUAACUCGCACGAAACCUUUAUGAAUGACUUCUUGAAGAUCCGUCAGACCGGAAACUUUAAUCCAGAUGCAGAAAUUCAGGCAACUGAGAUGGAUAGCCAAACACUGUCUCGAAAGAAGAACAAAUAAUGUCAAAUGUUGUUGUUUUGAGCCUUUCAUCUGUAGAUCUAUAGUUUUUCGCAGUAAAGGUCCGUAUUUGAUGCGCAGCAGUAGGACAAUGGCUUCUGGUGGAGAAACUAGCAAUAAUCUGAGCAACAAGAGACAGAAUCGAUUGGUAAAUGAAUUGUCACCAUAUCUGCUACAACAUGCUUCCAACCCUGUGGAUUGGUAUCCAUGGGGUCAGGAAGCUUUUGACAAAGCCAAGGCAGAGAACAAGUUGAUUUUUUUGUCUGUUGGGUACUCGACUUGUCACUGGUGCCAUGUGAUGGAACGGGAAUCAUUUGAAAAUGAAGAAAUUGGCCGUAUUCUUAACGAAAACUUUGUUUCCAUAAAAGUGGAUAGAGAAGAGAGGCCUGAUGUGGAUAGAGUGUAUAUGACGUUCAUCCAGGCUACUUCUGGGGGAGGAGGUUGGCCUAUGAGUGUAUGGCUGACACCAGAGCUUAAACCAUUAUUUGGAGGGACAUAUUUUCCUCCAGAUGACAGAUAUUAUGGCCGUCCAGGGUUUAAAUCAGUACUCAACACCAUUGCAGAUCAAUGGAAAACCAGAAGAGGUGUAAUUGAGGAGCAAUCCUCUGUCAUUUUGAGGACCCUUCAGGAGGGGACUAGUGCCUCCGAGGCCCCCGGGCAGUCCCUCCCAAACUUAAAGGCCUGCACAGAGAAUCUGUACUAUCAGCUGGAAAGGUCAUUUGAUCAAGAAAAUGGAGGAUUUUCAAAAGAACCUAAAUUUCCUCAACCAGUCAACUUCAACUUCCUGUUUCGCAUGUAUGCCAAAUGUAAAGAUACAUAUAGUGAUAUGGCUAAAAGCAGUUUGGAAAUGGCAACAUUUACACUGAGCAAAAUGGCAAAGGGAGGAAUAUUUGACCAUAUAUCUAAGGGCUUCCACCGAUAUUCUACAGAUGCCAUGUGGCACGUUCCACAUUUUGAGAAAAUGUUAUAUGACCAAGGACAGCUUUUGUUUACCUAUGCUGAGGCUUAUCAGAUCACAAGAGAGGAUGAAUUUUUCCAGGUUGUGAGAGAUAUUGCAGAAUAUACAAUGAGAGACUUGUUACAUCCUACUGGAGGAUUUUACAGUGCUGAGGAUGCAGAUUCCCUGCCAACAGCAGACAGCACCAAGAAAAAGGAGGGGGCAUUCUGUGUGUGGACAUAUGAUCAGAUACAAGAAAUCCUCAGUGAAAAGUUCAAGGACAAUCUCACCCUGGCUCAGGUCUUCUGCCAUCACUUCAACGUCAAGGAAAAGGGGAAUGUCAAUCCAAUGCAGGAUCCCCACGAUGAGCUGAAAAAUCAGAAUGUGUUGAUUGUUCAAGGUUCACUGGAAGACACAGCUCAAAAGUUUGCUCUAAGUCCUCCAGAGGUUAAAGACAUUCUGGAGAAGUGUAGAGCUCUUCUAUAUGCAGAGAGACUAAAAAGACCCAAGCCCCAUCUUGAUGACAAGAUUGUAGCUGCUUGGAAUGGUUUAAUGAUUUCUGGGCUCUCCAAGGCAGGCCAAGCAUUGAAAGAAUCAGCAUUUGUGGAUCAAGCUCUGAAAACAGCUACAUUUCUGAAGAAUAACAUGUACAACAAAGAAAGCAACAUCCUGUACAGAACCAGUUAUGUGGAGGAGGGAAAAAUCACAACAGGGUCUUCCCCUAUUGAGGGAUUUGUGGAUGAUUACAGCUUUGUUAUCCGAGGUCUCCUGGAUUUGUUUGAGGUAUGUCAUGAUGAUACCUGGGUAGAAUGGGCCGGACAAUUACAGGAGCAGCAGAAUGCAUUGUUCUGGGACAGUCAGGGAGGGGCCUACUACAGCAACAGUGGAAAAGAUGUCUCCAUUGUACUCAAACUUAAGGAUGACCAAGAUGGUGCUGAGCCUUGUCCUAAUUCUGUUGCUGUUAGCAACUUGGCCAGACUAGGUACCCUACUGAAUAAACCAGAAUAUCACAAGAAAGCAGCCACAAUUCUGAAGGUGUUUUAUGAGAGACUUACUAAGAUUCCUAUUGCUUUACCUGAGAUGGUGUGUGGACUGAUACUUGUACAAGACACUCCAAAACAGAUUGUAUUAGUGGGAGACCCAGACUCAGAUGAUCUGAAUGCAUUGAUGAAUUGUGUAGACAAACAUUAUUUACCAAACAAAGUUACAAUUAUCUGUGAUGGCAAAAGUGACCAGUUCUUACUUGGGAAACUUGAAUUCUUGAAAACUUUGACAAAAAAGGACAACAAGGCUACUGCAUAUGUGUGUGAGAACUAUUCAUGUGAACUCCCUGUAACAUCUGUGCCAGAUUUAGAAAGGAUUUUGAAAGUUAAAUAAUAUUUGAAAAUUUUAUGUUUUACACAUAAUUAUUUGAUACAAACUAUUUAACAAGGUCUCUUUAAAGGAGGAUUUCUGUACAUAAUUUUAUCCUGAGUUUUUCAGGUUUAUGAGACCUAUAUUUUCCCAAUUUUAAAGAAAUUGUUUGGAAAUAAUAUGUAUUGUAACAGCACUGACGGCAGAUGACUUUAGUCUGUAAUCCCUUUACAACAUGUACAUGUAGUUCAUGUCUUCAUGACCUAUUUAAUCAGUUGCAUGACUUGUGUGUAUUUGAUGAUAAUGAUACUACAUAAUUAUUUGGAAAUAUACCUGUAAUAAUAUUUAAA